UCUGGAUUCUCUUCCGAAGACUCUGAAUACCAAUUCGUUACUGCUAAUUUCGAUUACUAUUUGAGUAUCAAAUCAAGUGGAUAUAAACAUCAGGCAAAACCAUGGAUGGAUAAGUUUGACUCAUAUUGUGGCUUAACCUAACCCAAACCUUACUUCGAAGAUAACUUUCUAUUUCUUUAUCAAAAAUUUCGGGCUCUUCAGAGUCGAUAACAGGUUUAUUGACUUUUGGUUGUCGGAGUAACGGUUUGGGUUCAAAACGGCCAAAGUCAAAACAGCCAAAUAUAAAGCUGCUUAAAUCAAAUAAAACUACUUAAAUGGUCAGAUUUAUUAGGGUAUCAAAAAGUACUUUUGUUUUUUUACAACUGACUUUUGCUUCAAUUUUGAAUAAGUUUGACUUAAUCAAUUGACUCAAUAAUUUUUAGGACACAAGAGCAUCGACAUAGGUGACUGUGGCCCAUUUUCUGACUCGAUCGGAGUUAAUUAAGUAUAAUUAAUUAGCUUAUCAAUAUCCAUAGGCAGGUUUUUUUGGAUUUUUUUGCAAUUUGAAUUGAUAUGAUUUAAGCAGCUUUGUAUUUGGCUGUUUUGACUUUGGCCAUUUUGGACUUUGCUGGUUUGGACUUGGCUGUUUUGACUUUGGCUGUUUUGGGCCUUUACCUCGAAGUAAAAACGAAAUAGAGUUUUUAAAGGAUAUGCAAACUGAUUUUCAGAACUCAUCAUGGAAAGACAAACAACACAAAUAUUUGAUAUUGGCCAUAAUGUUGGUCAUUAUUUGGUUCAUAAAAGAUAAUGUUGACAAUAGUAAAAUAAAAUAUCAUUGAAAUAACAAAUAUUGUAGAUACCGAAGCUAGUGAAAACAAGCCAGUUAGCCAGCCACAUGUACGCAUGAGUGGCUACAGCCAAUAGGCAAGUUGGCUAAAGUAGCUUAGAGCUAGCUGAGAGAUAAGCUACUUAGCCACUUUUAGCUACUUAAGUUUAAGUUUAAAAUGAAAGUUUCAAACGCUUUUUUUUGUUAUUAACAUUGUUUUUGCUAACCAUAAGUAUUGUUUUUCUGCAUUGUUCUUUUAUUGUAUUUCUUUCUUGCAUUUCUGUGAUACACAUAUUAACCUUAAAUCUAAUAAUGGCUGAAAAGGUACCUGUUGCUGGAAUAGAUUGGCCGUGCACAAGUAAAAGUUUGGCAAAAAUAAAUGGCGAAGUUUAUGUACAUUUGCAAGCAGAUUGGUACGGGAAACCUAACACAAUUACGAAUGAAGAAGGUAGUGAAGAUGAGCUAGAAUUCAAAGAGAGAGACCCAGAUAUUUUCACCAUUGAGGAAUUACAAGCACAAACAGCAGAAACGAAAAAGAGGAAGCGAGGAAAUAACACUUACGCUUGUCCACUCUGUGGGAAAACAUUUUACCAAAGGAAAGAAAGUGCAAAUAGACAUUUAAAUGGAGGACCUGAUAGAUUGGCAGCGUGCCCAACCAGGAAAGCCGAUCCUAAUGAUGAUCUAAAAACUUUUUGUGAUAAACCGAUAAUUGUUAAAAAGCACAGAUGAAUUUGUAAUUGAAGCUAAUCACGCUAAUAAACUUGAUUGGAUUUAAACUUGAA